GGCCGCGGGGGCGCCGCCUCCAGGGUGCUGCUGGUCAUCGACGAGCCGCACACCGACUGGGCAAAAUACUUCAAAGGGAAAAAGAUCCAUGGAGAAAUUGACAUUAAAGUAGAACAGGCCGAAUUCUCUGAUCUCAACCUUGUGGCCCAUGCCAAUGGUGGAUUCUCUGUGGACAUGGAAGUUCUUCGGAACGGGGUGAAGGUCAUGCGGUCUCUGAAGCCGGAUUUUGUGCUGAUCCGCCAGCACGCCUUCAGCAUGGCACGCAACGGAGACUACCGAAGUUUGGUCAUUGGGCUGCAAUAUGCUGGAAUCCCCAGUGUUAACUCCUUGCAUUCUGUCUACAACUUCUGUGACAAGCCCUGGGUGUUUGCCCAGAUGGUUCGACUGCAUAAGAAACUGGGGACAGAAGAAUUCCCUCUAAUUGAUCAGACCUUCUACCCCAAUCACAAAGAAAUGCUCAGCAGCACAACAUACCCUGUGGUUGUGAAGAUGGGGCACGCACACUCUGGGAUGGGCAAGGUCAAGGUUGACAACCAGCAUGACUUCCAGGACAUCGCAAGUGUUGUGGCACUGACCAAGACGUAUGCCACUGCCGAGCCCUUCAUCGAUGCCAAAUAUGACGUGCGUGUCCAGAAGAUUGGGCAGAACUACAAGGCCUACAUGAGGACGUCAGUGUCAGGGAACUGGAAGACCAACACUGGCUCUGCGAUGCUGGAGCAGAUCGCCAUGUCGGACAGAUACAAGCUGUGGGUGGACACAUGCUCAGAGAUUUUUGGGGGACUGGACAUCUGCGCAGUGGAAGCACUACAUGGCAAGGACGGAAGGGAUCACAUCAUUGAGGUGGUGGGCUCCUCCAUGCCGCUCAUUGGUGACCACCAGGAUGAAGACAAACAGCUCAUCGUAGAGCUCGUGGUCAACAAGAUGGCUCAGGCCCUGCCCCGGCAGCGACAGCGGGAUGCCUCCCCUGGCAGGGGCUCCCACAGCCAGACUCCCUCCCCAGGGGCCCUGCCCUUGGGCCGCCAGACCUCCCAGCAGCCCGCAGGGCCCCCGGCUCAGCAGCGACCCCCACCACAGGGCGGCCCUCCACAGCCGGGCCCAGGCCCCCAGCGCCAGGGACCCCCAUUGCAGCAGCGCCCGCCCCCGCAGGGCCAGCAGCACCUUUCAGGCCUUGGACCCCCAGCUGGCAGCCCCCUGCCCCAGCGCCUUCCAAGUCCCACCUCAGCGCCCCAGCAGCCCGCGUCCCAGGCAGCGCCGCUGACCCAGGGUCAAGGCCGCCAAUCCCGGCCAGUGGCGGGAGGCCCCGGGGCGCCUCCAGCAGCCCGCCCGCCCGCCUCUCCCUCUCCCCAGCGUCAGGCGGGCCCCCCACAGGCUACCCGUCAGACAUCCGUCUCCGGCCCGGCUCCGCCAAAGGCCUCUGGGGCCCCACCGGGCGGGCAGCAGCGCCAGGGCCCGCCCCAGAAACCCCCAGGCCCAGCCGGCCCCACACGCCAGGCCAGCCAGGCGGGUCCCGUGCCCCGCACUGGGCCACCCACCACGCAGCAGCCUCGGCCCAGCGGCCCGGGCCCCGCUGGACGUCCCAAGCCACAGCUGGCCCAGAAACCCAGCCAGGACGUGCCGUCACCCGCCACCGCCGCUGCAGGGGGACCUCCGCACCCCCAGCUCAAAGCCAGCCCCGCCCAGGCCCAGCCUUAGCCAGGACGAGGUGAAAGCUGAGACCAUCCGCAGCCUGAGGAAGUCUUUCGCCAGCCUCUUCUCCGACUGAUACCCCACACUGAGAACCCCAAAAUCCCUGGGCAACCCUUCUCUGGGCCCUGAAUCCAUUUCUCACUUUUGGAGUCUCCACAUCCCUUGAGAACCCAUCUCCCGGUUCUCCAAGAUUCCACCUCUCAUUCCUCAAGAUCCCUGAGUACCUUGAGAAACCUGACUCCUCCUGGCCCUAAAUCCAGUUCUCACAUGUGGAAUCCCCAAGUCCUUUUAGAACCCCACUCCUGGUCACUUCAAGAUCUACUUCUGUUUUAGGACCUCCAGAUUCCUGAAGACCUCCGACCCUGGUUUCCCCAGAGGGCCUUUUCCUUCCUGGAAGUGCCCAAAUACCAGGCAACCCAUUGCAAAAUCCCUUCCUGGAGCCCUGAAGUUCCUGGAAAACCCUAUUUUUGGUCCCAAAUCUCUCCAGCACACCUAUUUCCCAUCAGAAUUUUCCAAAUCCUCAAGAAACCCCUACUGUUGAGCCUCUUCCCAUGGAUCUUCCA